UGCUGGCAAUGGUGUUUGUAUACUUCAAGCGUGCUUGUUUACUGGUCAAGGAAUAUACAGUCAGUAAUUUCUUUUUGGCUCUGCACUUGGCUAAUGAAAUGGAAGAAGAUGAUUUAGACAACAAAUUUAUUAUGAUUCCAUGGGCUUUGGGAGAGAAGUGGCAUGAAUCUUAUCUAGGAUUUGUUAAGAAGAGAAUGAACUUCUUUGCCAGAAUGAAGUACAGAUCAUUUGUUAGUAAGCAAUGCUGUGAGAAGGUAAUGCACAUGGAUCCUUCAUUUUGGGCAUGGAGACGGAAAAGGCCUGCAUACCAUUAUGGAGCAGUACGGCGUUAUUUGAGUAAUGAUGGCCAUCCAUGCCAGUCAUGCAAGAAGAGUAAGUUCUGGGAGUCUGACUCUUCUGGCACUCUCUCUCCCAUGAACAAUGAAAUACAGAUUUGUCCUACACUUACAAUGGAACCGGUGGCCACCUUCAAGAUUCAGUGUUCAGGUUCUGUAUCCAGAAAAAGAAAGGCCAGAAUCUCCAACAGAUUAAGAUUCUCCACAAAAAAUGCAAAAGCCAAAAUCUGCCGCAGAAAUGUCAGCUUGACACAUAGUUCUCAUCCUCUUAGGUCCAGAGUCAGAGACCAAGUCAGAAGGAAUCUCAGGCAAAGGCCUCAAAUCAGGGACACUUUUUAAAUAUUACUUCUGCUAAUUUAAAAUGCUGAUAAACAGGACUUGCAUUAACUUGCAUUUUGUGAAAUAAAAGACGAAUGUGACUUUAA